CCCCUCGUCUAUCCAUGACUGGAAAAACCGCGUCUUCUUCCUUAGAUACGAUGGCCCUCCUCUCCCGGUUCGGUGGAAUGGCUAUCCCCCGAAGAUUGAGUCACCGGAGCUGACCGACGAUCUGAUUUGGGACGUGGAGAAGGUGUUGGAGGGCGGCGUCUGCCCUAUAGCCAGAUACCUAACCUUCGAGGCACUCUCCGGGGCAGGCAUAGGUUCACCGCCCGUGUCCCUGGACUUUUUUUCCACCCUUCGACGCUCGUCUCGGGGUACCGGGCGGUCCUGUCUUUCGAGGUGAGUGUCCUAUUACAUUCUUCGUUCGUCUUCUAACCCUUGAUUGUUUCGUGCAGGUUCUCCACCAGAUAAGGCCCAGAUGAAUCACGCUGAGUGUUUGAAGACAAGGAAAGCCAAGGCGGCUGCUGCUAAAGCCGCGUUGGCGAAAGCCAAGAACGCCCCUGCCUCGGACUCCAACUCUUCGGCCUCCGAUGCUGCCCGGCGAACGGCUGAGGGUGAGCAGCACUUGAUUGCCACCGUGCUGGCCCAGGGGUCCGGGGCCCCCGCUCUCGAGGCUGCCCUUCCACCGCCGGUCGUCCCCGCGAAGGCGGCUUCUCAGAAGAGGAUAGAGAAGGUCCCCGAAAAGAAACAAAAGAGGGGCCGUGAGGCAGCCUUCACUGGCCCUCUGGUUGAAGACGCCGGCUCCCUGCCCUUGAGCCGCCCGGCGGAAGAACUUUGGAGGGAGAUGGCCCUCAAAGCCGGUCUUGAGCUGCCCCGCCGUUCGUCUUCUGAGGCGACCAGCGCUGCCCUGGCAGCCUCUCUUCAGUCUGGGCUUCUGGUUCUCCAGGCUGAAGCUGCCAGGGAGGCCGACCUGAGAGAGGUCAAGGCCAAAGCCGAUGCAGCUGUUGCUACAGCCCGGGAGGCCGCCCGUCGAGCAGAGGCGGAGACUGCGGCCAAGGAGAAGGAGAUUGCCGCCCUGCGGGCAGAAUCCCGCAGACAGCUGGUCAGCCUUGAGAAUGCUGGCUUCAAGCUUGUCGCGGUGCACCCCGCCGCGAAGGACGCAGACCCGGAGUGGCUGGUUGACACCUCCGGCUAUAGGAACACUGGGGAGUUUAUGGACUCUGCCAAGGAUUAUUGCGCCGGGGCCUUCGGCGACGUGUUCUCUGCGGCUUUGGCAAAGAUACCGCCCCGGCAGCGUCUGGCGUGCGGCGUCCGGAUUCUGGAGAGCUCUCCUCUGUCGCACAAGUUCCUCUAUGAGGUCGGUGAUAGCACCUUCGCCACCGGCUAUAAUGAGGGGGUUAAGGCCACCCUCCCCAUUUUCUCGAGGCUGCAAGGGGCCGAUUUUGAGCUGGCUGCGAACACAGACGACGAUCUGCUGCUUCAAGCUCUAGGGAAACUGGGGAGGGACCAGCGUCGAGAGGAGGCCAAAUCCAGAGGGGAGAUUCCGGAACCCCCGAGCCCGAAGCUGAAGAGGAGGAGCAGAUCCCGGGAGGCAGCCGGCCUGAGUCCCCCUUUAUGGUGUAAUGUAAUUUAUACUUCUUCCCAUCUUGAACUUGUAAUGCCCAGCCGUUAGAGCUGAAGAAUAU